UACUGCCUACACAACAUGCCUGUAUACUGUUACUGUCCAAUUUAAGGAAAAUAAAAUAGAUGAAUUUUGAGUGUAAUAUCAACGUGAUUAUAAUGUUGAAUAACGCCUUUUUCAGAAAGAUGAAAGACAUUUCUUUAUUAUUUCUGUUUGGAGGUGCAUGGUUUGGACAGUGUUUGGAAAAUCAUCAAACUACAGAGAACCUGGCUUCGUCUGGAUCAGCUACUCAGUCGUCCCAGUAUAACAAUCUGGGAAGUGCCAGCAACGCCAUAGACAGGAAGCGUGUCGCAAAUUACAUGUUUGGCUCCUGUACCCACACAAACCCUGAGACCAACCCCUGGUGGAGAGUGGAUUUGUUGGACACUUAUAAUAUCACCUCCGUCACCAUCACCAACAGAUGGGACUGCUGUGGUGAGAGGAUUGCAGGAGCUGAGAUCCACGUAGGAAAUGGAAUGGAUGGAGUCAAUAACCCUCUGUGUGCUGUGAUACAUGAGAUGAAAGAUGGAGAGGUGAGGGAGUUUGCAUGUGGUGAGAUGGAGGGGCGCUACGUCACUGUUGUCCUCCCAGGGAAGGAGAAGUAUCUCAGCCUGUGUGAGGUGGAGGUCCACGGUGGCUCAACAAGGAAGACAACAAAACUGCCAACUGUUCCAGGGAGGAAUGUUUUCAGGGCCCUUUGUCACGAUGAAAAAGUACCUGAGAACCUAGCUUCGUCUGGAUCAGCUACUCAGUCGUCCCAGUAUAGCAAUCUGGGAAGUGCCAGCAACGCCAUAGACAGGAAGCGUGUCGCAAAUUACAUGUGUGGCUCCUGUACCCACACAAACCCUGAGACCAACCCCUGGUGGAGAGUGGAUUUGUUGGACACUUAUAAUAUCACCUCCGUCACCAUCACCAACAGAUGGGACUGCUGUGGUGAGAGGAUUGCAGGAGCCGAGAUCCACGUAGGAAAUGGAAUGGAUGGAGUCAAUAACCCUCUGUGUGCUGUGAUACAUGAGAUGAAAGAUGGAGAGGUGAGGGAGUUUGCAUGUGGUGAGAUGGAGGGGCGCUACGUCACUGUUGUCCUCCCAGGGAAGGAGAAGUAUCUCAGCCUGUGUGAGGUGGAGGUCCACGGUGGCUCAACAAGGAAGACAACAAAACUGCCAACUGUUCCAGGGAGGAAUGUUUUCAGGGCCCUUUGUCACGAUGAAAAAGUACCUGAGAACCUAGCUUCGUCUGGAUCAGCUACUCAGUCGUCCCAGUAUAGCAAUCUGGGAAGUGCCAACAACGCCAUAGACAGGAAGCGUGUCGCAAAUUACAUGUGUGGCUCCUGUACCCACACAAACCCUGAGACCAACCCCUGGUGGAGAGUGGAUUUGUUGGACACUUAUAACAUCACCUCCGUCACCAUCACCAACAGAUGGGACUGCUGUGGUGAGAGGAUUGCAGGAGCUGAGAUCCACGUAGGAAGUGGAAUGGAUGGAGUCAAUAACCCUCUGUGUGCUGUGAUACAUGAGAUGAAAGAUGGAGAGGUGAGGGAGUUUGCAUGUGGUGAGAUGGAGGGGCGCUACGUCACUGUUGUCCUUCCAGGGAAGGAGAAGUAUCUCAGCCUGUGUGAGGUGGAGGUCCACGGUGGCACAACAAGGAAGACCACAACAUCCCCCAAAGAUGCCAGACGUACUUGAUUUAAAUAAACAAAGUCACACAAACGAGUCACAAAUCUUGUUCCAUGAAAUUACUUGUAUAAUUUCCAACAACGGUCUGUAUCAGUGUUCAGGAUAUACGGACACUGAAUGUCUUGAAUUAAAACAUUUUAAGACUGGC